GAGGAGGAGGGAGAGGUUUAGCUGGCAGUUGAGUCUCCUCUCGCAACGUUCAGUCAUGAUCACUUUUCUAGUUGGUGUUGGUGUUGUGCAUGAAUAGCAAGGAAUCCUAACUUGUCUCAAGCAACACUUAACAAAAAGAAAGUGAAUGGAAGUAAGCAAUGGACGGAGGAAGAGACCUUAACAGCAGCAGCACCACCACCAUGACGCGAAGCAGUGACGUGGUGGCGAUGGAUGUCCACGCCUCAGACUCACACAUGGUGUCCUUCGGGAAGAAGAGCGGCUGCUUCGUGAGCCGCUCUGUCGUGUGGCUCUUCGCCAUCCUCUUCGUCAGCGGCCUCGUCGCCACGGGACUCCUCGUGUACUUCUUCGCCCCGCAUUUCAAGACCGAAGACUCCGUGAGAUCCACAGAGACGCAGGUGGUGGUGGAGCAGAUCCCGCGUAUCAAGAUGCUGCCGACCACCACCACGUCCACCACCACCACCACCACCACAACCACCACCACAGUGACCACAAAAAGGCCUUCGUCCACCACCACCACCACUACCACCACAGCUCCAGAGAAGAAAAAAAUAGACGUGCGCCUUCCGCGAGCCCUGCGUCCGCUCCACUACCUGGUGAGGCUGCAGCCACUCAUCAACGGCAACUUCAGCAUCCUGGGCUACGUGGAGGUGGAGAUGGAGGUGCUGGAGGCCACCUCUAACAUCACACUGCACAUCAGGGACAUCAUCACCUACAACGACACCGUAAAGCUGAUAGCAGCUGACGACCUGUCGGGGCCAAGAUUGACUAUUGUCGCUCAACAGUACAACAGAGAGCUGGAGUUUUACGUGGUACACUUGAAGGAGUCACUGCGGCCAGGCAGCAAAUACAUCCUGUCCAUGCACUUUAUUGGUCUGCUCAACGACAAAAUGAGGGGUUUCAGCAGAUUUUCAUAUAAUCGGGCUGACGGAACCAAGACAUGGCUGGCGGCGACACAGUUCCAGGCGACGGACGCGCGGCGAGCCUUCCCUUGCUUUGACGAGCCUGGGCUGAAGGCCACUUUCGAGGUGCACCUCGCCCGCCAGAGCAACAUGACCUCACUCUCCAACAUGCCCAUCAAGGAAACCAUUCCCAUGGAGGACCAGGAGGGCUGGUUAUGGGACCAGUAUCACACCACCGUCCCGAUGUCCACCUACCUCCUCGCCUUUGUUAUCUCUGAUUUCGGGUAUCUCAAAGUUACAACCAAUGGCGCAGUGCUUUUCAGAACGUGGGCCAAAAAACCGGUACUGUAUCAAGCCACAUAUGCCCAUCAGGUCGGCCCUGCCAUCCUGGACCACUUCGCGAAAUACUUCAACCAGUCCUACCCGUUGCCUAAAUUGGACAUGAUUGCCGUGGCGGGGUUCCCCGCGGGCGCCAUGGAAAACUGGGGUCUUGUUACUUAUGGAGAACCAGUACUCUUGUAUGAUCACGCUGUGUCAACGCCGAUGAACAAAUUCUACGUGGUGGCCUUCGUGGCGCACGAGUUGGUCCACCAGUGGUUUGGCAACCUGGUGACUCCUCGCUGGUGGACAGACAUCUGGCUUAACGAGGGAUUUGCUUCCUACCUCGAAUUUAUCGGUAUGCAAAGUGUGGAGCCCUCGUGGAAGGUGAUGGAGCUGUUCGUGGACCUCAGAUUACAGUCCGUUAUGCACAACGACGACGUCCAAUCUUCCCAUCCGAUCAGGAUUGAAGUCCAUCAUCCAAAUGAAAUAACUCAAAUAUUUGACAGAAUUACGUACAGUAAAGGCUCCACAAUCAUUCGCAUGAUGAACCACUUCCUGACGGAAGCGGCCUUCAGGCACGGCCUCAGCACCUACUUGGACGCCUUCAAGUACGACAACGCAGAGCAGGAUGACUUGUGGCUGCACUUGACGAAGGCGGCGCACGAGGCCGGCACGCUGCCCCUCAACCUCACCGUCAAGACCAUCAUGGACACGUGGACGCUGCAGAUGGGCUACCCCGUCAUCAAGGUGGAGCGGAGCGCCGACGGCACUUCGGCCACUGUCUCGCAGGAGCGGUUCCUGCUGGUCAAGGACGACAACGCCGACGACACGCACGACUACAAGUGGUGGGUGCCGCUGACGUACACGAGCCAAGACCAGCCUGACUUCAGCCAGACGCAGGCCAAGGUGUGGAUGAAGGACUCGGAGGCGCAGGUCACCGUCACCUCCCUGCCGCCCAAGGACCACUGGGUCAUCUUCAACCUGCAGCAGACCGGCUACUACAGGGUCAACUACGACGACCACAACUGGAACCUGCUGAUCCAGCAGCUGCUCACCGACCACCGCGCCAUCGCCACCGUCAACAGGGCGCAGAUCAUCGACGACGCCCUUGACCUGGCCAGGGCAGGUCAGAUGAGCUACAGCGUGGCUUUCAAGGUGUUCAAGUACCUGGACCAAGAGAGGGAAUACCUGCCAUGGAAAGCUGCCAUCAGCUCCCUGACUUACGUGAGGAGCAUGUUCAAGCUCACGGGAGCGUACGGAGCUCUCAAGAAUUACACGCUGAACUUGGUUCUGCCGCUGUACGAUGUCAUCGGUUUCGACGACAAUCCAAACGACCUGCUGCAAGAAAGUCUUCUGCGCCAGACUGUUCUCAACUGGGCGUGUGUUCUGGGUCAUCAGCCUUGCCUCGACACUGCCCACCAGCUCUACAGGCAGUGGAUGCUUCAUCCACACAAUGAAAGCAUCUUCACGCCCAACAUCAAGUGGGUGGUAUACUGCCGGGGAGUGGAGAUGGGAGGGGAAGAGGAGUGGAACUUUGCCUGGAGUCACUACCUCAAGAGCAACGUUGCGUCCGAGAAGACCAGGCUGCUGUCAGCCAUGGGAUGUACCAAGAAAGAAUGGCUCCUCUCCAGGUACUUGAACAUGGCCUUUAAUGACAAAAGCGGCAUCGGGAAGCAGGAUAGUGAGAAAGUGUUCGGCGCGGUGGCUGGCAAUGACCUGGGUCGUACUCUAGCAUGGAACUACCUGAGGACCAACUGGAAAAAGAUCUACGAUUACUUUGGAGGAAAGGCAAAAUCUAGUCUCAUCUCCUCCGCCACCCAAGACUUCAACACGGAGCAACACCUUAAGGAGAUGAUGGCAUUCAAGGAGGAGCGGGGCAAGGAGCUCUCUGCCGCCUCGAGAACGACAGACCAGGUGAUGGAAAAGACAAAAAACAACAUGGCGUGGAUGAAGCACAACUACAUCAUCAUCACCGCCUGGCUACAGAACGAGGGCUACACCACCCACUUGAAAAACGUGUGAAAAAUGUAACAAAGUGACAAUGGAAAAUUUAGGAGACAUAAGAAAACGUCUGAGGCCAUGAAGAGUAUUUGAAUGGUUAAAAAAAAAAAAAAUGAAAAAGUGAAACUAAAUUAACAUUAAUAGACAUAUCAGAAAACUAUGUAAAUUACAAAUUGAAGUCUUUGUAUUUGAGAAAAUGGUGGACGAAGGCAAACAAAAACACAAGAGUAAAUGCCAAAGGGAAAGAGUUGAAACCCAUUUUAGAAUGUUAAUUGUUCUUCUUGAACAAACACAAAUAUAUUUAUAAGGCAUAACUUUUGGCCGCGUAUGCUUGACAUUCCAUCGAAUAUGUAGGAAAAUCACACACUGAAGAAAAUGCCUUGAUUUGAAGACAAUCAAGUAAUGGAGUCAGUGUUGAUUUGUUUAUCCACGGAACGCGGCGAGAGGCUUAAGUCUAAAUGUUUGGAGAAUUAAACAUCAAGGGACUCAAGGUUACCAGUUGAUGGAAAGUUCAAGGGUUUACACAAUUUCAUUUGGUCUGCAUAAGUCACUGUGAAUUACUUUAAGUACAUAUAUAUAAAUUAUAGAUAUUGAAAGAAAGCGGAGUGUGGCAGUACGUCAUGUGACUCAUCUCAAAGCAAACGCGUCACACACGUCUCGUGCCCGGCGAGGAGCUGCGGCGCUUUCAGUUCUCGGCCUGGUGUCGACACCCUUUACUUGUCCUUUACGAGGACGCCCCAGAAACACGCCGUAAAUAACCUGAGGCGGGAAACCUUCUCUGUAAGUAUUUAAUAGCCUUAUUGUUUUAAUCUAACAUUCUUAUGUAUAAGAAACUUGUACAUGUCAUUACCUGAAAAUUUAGCAUGAUCGUAACUGCAAUGUUUGCAUAUGACCAAAUUCAUCUUUUUUGUAGAAAAACAGUAUGAUAACUGUCUACUGUUUCUUUCUUUGCCGUGCUCCUUUGCCAAACCAGUCACACACACACACACACACACACACACACACACACACACACACACACACACACACACACACACACACACACACACACAAACCAGAGAAAGUGAGAGUCAAUCAAUAUCCAGUUAGAUCGGCGACACCUCCUCUUCACACCUGUCACAACGCAUUGUUUAAUUACAUCCUCCUCCACCACUAGUGCUCUGUAAGGCUACAGGCGGAGGAAAAGAGAGAUAUAAAUGAACAAAUACCCUAAUUAACACACACUUGACUAAAAACAGAGACACACUGGCAUGGUAAAUAUGAGAUAUAAUUUGGCAGUAUCUAUAAUGGGCAGUAAAGGGGUACUAAGACACGCUUGAACUUGAAUCGAACAACUACAUGGAAUGGUUACAGACAAGGAGGAUCGAACGAAACCUUCUGGCGAUUCCAACACUUCGCUACCACAUUAAAGAAAAUAUACAAUGAAUAUUCUAAAGGAGUAUGUAUGGCUGUAUACAACUUCAUGGCUUUCAUAAAUGCAUACCAUUAGUUCUUACAUUUUUUUUGUCAGUAUUAGGAAAGGAAGACAUUGUAGGAGGUGAGAAGCAGGUGUCAGUGUUUGCGCUAAAUAGUGCUUGUGGUGUAAUAGAAGGAAGGUUGACUUAUAUGAGGAUGCAUGAGUGAUAAAAGGAAUUUGCGGUGGGAUUAGUGGGGCGAGGACAAAACCUUAGGGUGUAGCGGCUAGCUUGAGGUAGUAGAAGUUUGUUUGUGGAAGGUGUGAUAAGACUGACUGUUGAGUAGAUGAGUUUUUGAACGCUGAGAAUAAAGGAGCAAAUAGGACAGCCGAUUUGGAAGGUGUCAAGACCACUUCCACCAGAAGAGGAUGAAAAGAAGAAAGUGAUGGAAAUGAAAGGAGAAGAAAGGAAGGCUUAAUGAAUACAUAGGAAGAAAGGAAAAGAAGGAUGAUAUACAUACGUCAGUAAAAAGAAAAAGGGGGAAGAAAUAGAAAGGCAAGGCAAGUUAAAUAUGGAGUAUACUUCCUGAAAUAAGUGAAAAAAAUAAAUAAAUAAAAAUUGUAUUGAAAAUGCUUUAACGUUAUUAUAAAAAUAAUAAGCACACGCUAAUAGAGUAAAAUGAACCCUGAGUGAGCUAAUACUAAUAUGGCUAAACUAUUAAGGAUACUUGAAUAGUCUGCUUCACUUCAAAAUCAGUAAGAAUACUGUAAGGAUCCAAAAUUUUAUAUAUGCAGAAUAAUCCUUCUAAAUCAAGAAAAGACUUGAGCCAAAAUAAUAAUCUCAGAGUAAAACAUAUGUCACUAUUCUCUAAUCACCUUAUUUUAAUAGUGAAUUAUAGAUUAAUAAGUGAAAUAAAGAAAUUUCCAGAACAAAAA